CUUGUCAAUAUAUCUAAUAAUGGUUCAUCUAUCUAAAGUUCGUCAACUCAUACCUCCCCUUUCGGGAGAAUUACACAAGGGGCAAGCAGGUCGUAUUGGAAUCGUGGGGGGUUCUGAAGAUUAUACUGGGGCACCUUAUUUCAGUGGAAUCUCUGCCAUGAAGCUGGGUGCUGACUUGUGCCACAUAUUCUGUGAGCCUGGAGCAGGCACAGCAAUUAAGGCUUAUUCUCCAGACCUUAUUGUGCAUCCUUAUAUGCGUACUGAAGAUAAGAAAGACAUACCUGGAUCCAGUGUCAAGGAAAUUACAGACCGCGUAUCAUCUGUUUUUUCUCGACUGCACGUUCUUGUAGUCGGCCCAGGGUUGUCUCGAGACAGUCUAAUGCUGGCAUCUACUAGAGAAAUUAUUGGAAAAGCGCGUGAAGAGAACAUGGCUAUAGUGAUUGAUGCAGAUGGUCUCUUUCUGAUUCAACAGCACCCUAGUAUAAUACAAGAUUAUACCAAAGCUGUUUUGACACCUAAUGUAGUUGAAUUCAAACGUUUGUGUGAGGCAAUGAAAGUACCAUACACUGAAGAUAAUAAAGGCACUAUGGCCAAGAAGCUAAGUACAGCCUUGGGUGGAGUUACAGUAAUACAAAAAGGCUCUGUAGAUGUUGUCUCUAAUGGAAAGCAAGUAUUUACAUGUGAUAAAGAAGGUGGACUGAAGCGUAUGGGUGGUCAGGGUGAUAUUCUAUCAGGUGUGCUUGGAACAAUGCUUGCUUGGGGGAAAUCUUAUGAAGAGGGCGUUUGGAAGCAUUCGAAUGAAAUCAAAUCUCAAGAUAUACCUAUGCUUGCAGCAUGGGGUGCAUGUGCAAUAGUGAGAGAGAGCGGAAGAAGGGCAUUUGAGAAGCAUGGCCGUGCUGUCCUAACUUCGGAUAUGGUAAACGAGAUUGGAUCGAGCUAUAAUAGUUUUAUGAAAGACUAAAACGACACAAAAAAAACAAUAAUAAGUAUAUAAUAAAAUAUAAUAUUUCACCUACAAAAUCCAGUGGGC